AUGAAUGGACUUCGCUAUCCUUGCUUAGUUAGAGAUUUCAUACAAGAUAGAUUAUAUCAGCCAAAUAAAGGAUAUUUUAUGAAGCCGGAUCAUCAAUUAGGGCAGCUGACUGGAGAGCUUAGAUAUCACGAUUUUAAAGGAAUCCAUUCCUAUAGAGAAGCAAUCGGCGAAAAAUACCCAAAAUAUGCUUUCUUAACUCCUGUAGAAAUCUUUCAGCCAUGAUAUGGACACGCAAUAGCGAACUAUUGCUUGGAAAAGCAAAAAUCGCCUACUAUAAAAAUCAUUGAGUUUGGGGGAGGAACAGGUACAGGUGCCUUAAGUAUACUUGAUUUUUAUAAAAAUAACCAUAUGCAAACCUAUAAAAAAGUAAAUUACACCUUAUGUGACAUCUCCCCUGUAAUAGCAGAAACAGCUAAAGCUAGAUUAUCUAAAGCUCAUCCUGAACUAUAUAGAAAUGGUCAAAUUUCAGUGAUUGCAAAAUCAGCCUUUGAUUAUCAAAAAAUUACUGACUCCCCCCUCCAUGAGCGAAUAAAAAAAUUUUGUUCAUUAUAUGAGGAGUUAUUUUUUUUAGAAAUUUAUCUAUAAAUUUUAUAGGGAAUUUUUUUUCGAAAUUGAAAAAAAUUCUUAAUUACAAAAUUUAUGUUUUAUAAUGCAAGCUGCUUAAAAUUAAACAGAAUUAGCAAGAGAUUUCAUAAUAAUAAUUAUCACUUAUAUAUCAAUUUUUUUUUUCAUAAAAAUGUUUUAUUCGCUCAAGGAGGGAGGAGUGAGGAGUUUACAUAUAUUAUUGCCUUAGAAAUGCUCGAUAACUUGCCUCAUGACAGAGUUUGAAUGGAAAAUAAAGAAUAUUGCUUACAGUCUAUGAUUACUGAGGAUUUAGAGGAGAAAAAAGAGCCACUUACUGAUAAAAUUAUUAAAGAUUGUCUAGAUGUGUAUACAAACAUGCCGCCAAUGAGUGACAGCGAUAGAGAAUCUGAAUAUGCAGAAGGAUUCAUAUACAAUUUAAUAAAAUAUUGGAAUAGAAAAAAAUAUGAUAACUUAUUUUUACCGACUGGAAUUUAUAUGCUAAUGAACCACUUCAAGAAGGUUUUUACGAACCCGCACUUCAUAUUCAGUGAUUUUGAUUUUCUGCCUGGCAAAAAGAUCAAAGGAAUAAAUGCUCCAAUCGUCUCUAAAAAGGGUGAAAAAUCAAAUGAGAAGAAAGAUUUUUCCACUUUUUUGACACCAGUUGGGGAAGCUGAUAUAUUUUUUCCUACAAAUUUUAGGUUUAUACAAGAAUUGAAUAGAAAAAUAUAUGGAAAAAGUGGAGGUGUCGCAAAAAGCUAUAAAUUCAUGGAAAAAUAUGCGAAAAGUAACUGGACAGAAACACAGACAGGGUAUCGGCCACUUUUUGACGACUUUAGGAACACAUCAUUUUUUACUUCAGACUAA